GUAAAGGAUUAAUAGGGUGUUUGAGGCCAUCUGUUCUGCUGAAUGAGGAUGUUUGCGCUCCAGAUCCACAGUGACAGGACAGACAGAUGAAGAGAGUAACCCAGUCGGAGGAGCUGGAGGGGAGGUGGGAUUUAGGAAAGAAAGAAAAAGGGACAAGUUCCUAACAGUAAGGGCUUGGCCAUCAAGGAUGAGACAGAUAUCUUGUACUGAACACUGAAGUACUCCAGAGCAAGAUCUGGAGAUUGACACACGGUACAGAGUGUCCAGUAUCAUUCGUUCCAGCUCACAAAUGGAUUAUUAUCUACAAACACGAACAGGUGCUGUCAGAAAUGCUUAUUGGUCAACAUUAAGAUAUUAGCAUUGUUUUGGUUGUAUGCUUUCUGAAAGAUGAAGUCCAAACAGCUAUCUUCACUCACUGGCCUACUCUUUGUGAUUUGCUGCUGUCAUGGUGGGAAUAUCCUGGUGUGGCCCGAGGAUUGUAGCCACUGGGUGAACAUGAAAGUCAUUUUGAGAAACCUCCACGGCCACAGUCAUAGCCUUACCGUGGUGCGUUCCUCUAAAAGUUGGUAUAUCCAAGACAAUACUUCCCUUUACAGCACCAUCACAGUCGACCCAAUGGAGACCGAAGAUGUGGGCUCUGACUACUUCAUGAAGUUGAUAGAGAGGUCACUGGAGCUGCAGAAGAUGUCGCCUUUCUUCCGUUUCUUGGAACAGCAGAAACAUAUCGCCAAUGUGCUGAAGGUGUUUCACAAUGGAGCACUUCAAAUGAUUUCUGCCGUUUUGGACGAUGCAGAACUUGUCAAACGCUUGCGAGAAGCUAAGUUUGAUCUGCUGCUAACAGAUCCUGCAUUCCCAGCCGGUGUCCUGUUAGCCAAAUUCCUCCAACUCCCCAUGGUUUACAAUGUACGUUGGCUAAAUGCAGGGGAUGCUCACAUGCAAAUUGCACCCUCUCCUCCGUCCUAUGUCCCAUUGUACAAUUCAUUGCUCCACGACCAAAUGAACUUCCUACAGCGGACGGAAAAUGUCCUAUGGUAUCUGAUUAGCGUUUUCAAGGAGCGAUGCAUCAUCGUGCCAAUUUACAGUGAAUUGCUUGAGCGCCAUUUCCCUCCCGGCGCUGAUCUUUUGUCAAUGCAGCAAUCUGCUGACAUUUGGUUGAUGAGAAUGGACUUUGUUUUCGAGUUUCCACGGCCCUCCAUGCCUAACGUGGUCUACAUUGGUGGCUUUCAAUGUCAGCCGCAUCAAGCACUUCCUGCAGAGCUGGAAGAGUUUAUGCAGAGCUCCGGGGAGCAUGGAGUUGUCAUCAUGUCCUUGGGAACAGUAGUCAGCGCUCUUCCUACAGCGAUCACAGAGGCCAUUGCUACAGCUUUUGCUGAGAUCCCUCAGAAAGUCUUGUGGCGGUACCACGGGGAACGACCCUCAACUCUGGGAAACAACACUUUAGUUCAAGAGUGGUUUCCUCAGAAUGAUCUGCUAGGCCAUCCAAAGACUCGUGCGUUUGUCACUCAUGGGGGCACCAAUGGUAUGUACGAAGCUAUUUACCAUGGAGUUCCUGUCUUAGCUUUGCCGCUCCUCUUCGACCAGUUUGACAAUGUUCUGCGACUGCAGGUUCGAGGUGCGGCUCGGGUUCUUCAGGUCGCAACACUUACAUCGCAAGAAUUCCUUGAAGCCCUCAAAGAUGUCCUCGAGAACCCACUGUACCGAAGCAGUGUCCGCAAACUAUCAGAGCUGCACCGCGAUCAACCCUUGACUCCUCUUGAAAGCGCCACUUUUUGGAUCGAGUAUGUUAUCAGACACAAAGGAGCAGCUCACCUUCGUCCAGAGGGGAAUAACUUGCCUUGGUACUCUUAUCAUAGCUUAGAUGUGUUGGCUUUUCUACUGACGUUCAUUGUGAUUGCUCUUUUGACCUCAGUAUAUGUCUGCAAGCUUUUGUGUUGCAGGAAGUCAAUCAAAAAGAGGAAGCUGGAAUGAAUCGAGCUUGAACAUUUGAUAUGUUCUUUUUGAAAAGCUGAUGAAACACUGAAUUAAAUGCAGCAGCCAAAUAUUAUUCUUAUUUUUCAUAUCUAAUUCGGUUACAAAAGAUGUACUGCUAAAGUAAUUCCUGUAGCAUGGUGCUAGCAACACCAAGGUCAUUGGUUCUAUUUCCAGGGAAAGCCUGCACCGAUUAAAUGUAUAUGCAAUGUGAUUUGGUUUGGAUAUAAGUGUCUAUCAAAUGCAUGAAUGUAAUAAUAUGUAAAUGGAAAAUCUCACACUUGGUGAACCUGAGUUUGUUUUAUUA